GUCGCCAUUUUGCUAGUGUUGGACGGUUUUGGGGAAAGUCUGCAUGAAGCAAAGCAGCCGUUUGGACGGAUAACGUUACCCGGAGGCAAUAUGUUCAAGCGACAUCGUUUAGAUUUGGGUGAUGAUUAUUCGCCGGGUAAAAAGAGACCCUCUGAAGGGCGUGACCGCGACAGGGACAGAGACCGCGAUGAGCGGCCGAGGGACCGCGACAGGGACCGGGACCGUGACCGGGACAGAGAUGUGAAGUCAUCCAGCAGCCUCGCCGCUGCCGGCAGUGGAGGCUUCGUGAAGCCGACCCCCGUUCAGCAGAUGGUCAACCCCUACACCAACCUGCCCCACACACCACGCUACUAUGAGAUCCUGAAGAAGCGGCUGCUGCUACCUGUGUUUGACUACAGAGAGCGCUUCACCGACAUCCUCAUGCAAAACCAGUGUUUUGUGCUGGUGGGAGAGACGGGCUCUGGAAAAACCACGCAGAUCCCUCAGUGGUGUGUGGACAUGGUCCUGUCCAUGACAGGACCAAAGAGAGCAGUGGCCUGCACGCAGCCCAGGAGGGUCGCCGCCAUGAGCGUCGCCCAGAGGGUCGCCGAUGAGAUGGAUGUCAUGCUGGGUCAAGAGGUGGGAUACGCCAUCAGGUUUGAGGACUGCAGCUCUGCCAAGACGGUACUCAAGUACAUGACAGAUGGGCGGUUGCUGCGGGAGGCCAUGAAUGAUCCUCUGCUUGAGCGCUAUGGUGUCAUCAUCUUGGACGAGGCCCACGAGCGCACAUUAGCUACAGAUAUCCUCAUGGGAGUCCUCAAGGAGGUCGUCCGCCAGAGGUCUGACCUCAAGGUCAUCGUCAUGAGUGCGACGCUCGACGCCGGCAAGUUCCAGGUGUACUUUGACAACUGCCCACUGCUGACCAUCCCCGGACGCACGCAUCCUGUUGAGAUUUUCUACACGCCCGAACCUGAGCGGGACUACCUGGAGGCGGCCAUCCGCACCGUGAUCCAGAUCCACAUGUGUGAGGUGGAUGAAGGAGACCUGCUGCUCUUCCUCACUGGACAAGAGGAAAUUGAUGAAGCCUGCAAGCGAAUCAAGAGGGAGGUGGACGACCUCGGGCCUGAAGUGGGAGAUAUCAAGAUCAUCCCGCUGUACUCCACGCUGCCUCCGCAGCAGCAGCAGAGGAUCUUUGAGCCACCCCCACCUAAUAAACCAAGUGGUGCCAUCGGAAGGAAGGUUGUCGUGUCAACAAACAUCGCGGAGACUUCUCUGACCAUCGACGGCGUGGUGUUUGUAAUUGAUCCUGGAUUUGCCAAGCAGAAGGUGUAUAACCCACGUAUCAGAGUGGAAUCCCUUUUGGUAACAGCCAUCAGCAAGGCGUCGGCUCAGCAGAGGGCAGGCCGCGCUGGACGGACGCGGCCAGGAAAGUGUUUCCGCCUUUACACAGAGAAGGCGUACAAGACAGAAAUGCAGGACAACACGUAUCCGGAGAUCCUGAGGUCUAAUCUGGGCUCUGUGGUGCUGCAGCUGAAGAAGCUGGGUAUUGACGACCUGGUGCACUUUGACUUCAUGGACCCACCAGCCCCGGAGACCCUUAUGCGAGCCCUGGAGUUGCUGAACUACCUGGCGGCGCUCAAUGACGACGGUGACCUGACGGAGCUGGGCUCCAUGAUGGCAGAGUUCCCCCUGGACCCCCAGCUGGCCAAGAUGGUCAUCGCCAGCUGUGAAUUCAACUGUUCGAACGAGAUCCUCUCCAUCACUGCCAUGUUGUCAGUCCCACAGUGCUUCGUCCGACCCACCGAGGCUAGAAAGAUGGCCGACGAGUCCAAGAUGCGCUUUGCCCACAUCGAUGGAGACCACAUGACUCUGCUCAACGUGUACCACGCCUUUAAACAAAACAACGACUCCACUCAGUGGUGCUAUGAGAAUUUCGUCAACUACCGCUCGCUGAUGUCGGCAGACAACGUGCGCCAGCAGUUGUCGAGGAUCAUGGACCGCUUCAACCUGCCGCGGCGGAGCACCGAGUUCAACAGCAGAGACUACUACACCAACAUCCGGCGCGCGCUCAUCACCGGCUUCUUCAUGCAGGUCGCUCACCUGGAGCGCACCGGACAUUACCUGACGGUGAAGGACAACCAGGUCGUGCAGCUGCACCCCUCCACCGUGCUGGACCACAAGCCGGAGUGGGUGCUGUACAACGAGUUUGUGCUCACCACCAAGAACUACAUCCGCACGUGUACUGACGUCAAACCAGAGUGGCUGGUGAAAAUCGCCCCGCAGUACUAUGAGAUGAGUAACUUCCCCCAGUGUGAAGCAAAGAGACAGUUGGAGCGUAUCAUUGCAAAAGUCUCAUCCAAGGAAUACACUCAGUACUAAGGUUUGCAUGUGCUGCCACGGCCUCUCAGUAUCUGUGCAAAGUCCAGCUUGAACUUGGAGCGUCUUUUUAUUUUCCACCUACAACUUGAUUUUCAAUUCUAUUUUGGUCUCACUGUGUGUAAUGUAUUUUCAUGAUGAUUGAUGAAUUGUGUCCUUUGAAGGCCACCGUCUGUCAGUUUGUUUUGAAGCUUACAGGGUUUUUAGCACUACCAUAAAUGGACUGUAUAUAACUGGUUAUCAGGAAUAUAGUCAUGCAGCAUUUCUGUUUAACGCAUGAUAUUUCAUGUCCAUUUCCACAUUCCUCUUAACAUCGAUACUGAGUCGCAGCUUCGGGAUUCUUGGCUGUCGUCUCGCUUCUCCUGCUGAAACGACGGAAAGUCCAGAGAAGCUUUUGAUCAAAUAUAAUUUAUACUGAAAUUUGAUGCGGACAUAAUGUAUUGUUUUCUUGUCAUGGAGAUACUAAGAGGGGCGCUCUGCUCACAUGUCCUGUCGCUGUUCAACUUAAUAAAAAUUACUUUGUAAUAAAGCAUUU